AUGGCGCAAGAAGGUAUGUUCACCCGCGACGGCAUCUACACCGACGAGAGAUGUGCCAUCUGCGGACCCAUAGUAUGGGUAAAUGUAUUCGUCGCGACCCCAGAAAACCGCAACAAAACAGAUGCGGAAUUCAUGGACUUAGUGGCUGACACCAUCCACGCGAGAAUUGCUAAGAAAGCACCCCUGGGCAGUGUCUCUAUUACGCCGGAGCCUAUGCACCAUAGAGUCAUGGGGUGUCUCUCAUUACCGGCCCGUGGGGACUUUUGGGCCUUUGCAAAGUUUCGGGAUUUGUAUCUUGAUGGAUUCCUUAGGGAUGCGCUGGAACUGGCACUUUUUUAUCAGGGACAAUGUGCGGCUGGGAAAAUUGAGAUUGAUCGGGUGAGACUUUUUCGCUUUUUUCAUUUGAGGUCGGAUGCCUUUUAG